AAUGAGGACUUAGAAUUCUUAUCACAUAAUGAUAUACACCUUUCAACUGACAAAUGCCUGCUUCACUCAAAACCCCUUAUUCUUCUUGGAUGCGAUCAACUCUGGAAUUUCUUGGAUGUACCAUCACCUCAAUAUACAUUACCUUCCGGAUUGAAACUCAUUCCCUCAAGAUUAGGAUAUCUGAUCACAGGAAAGCAAGACUCACUACCAAAGAAGACCACAGAAAGAAAUGACUGCGGAACAAUUUCUAUCAAUUCCUUUAGUAAUUUCGACGAAGACCUAGAUAGAUGGGACAAAUACUGGACCAUGGAUUCCGCCGGUAUAUGUGAAUUCACAGGAACGAAAAACGCCGAAAAACAGGCAAUCAACGAAAGUGUUGCCAAAUAUUUCAUGGAAACUAUAGAAAAACGUCAAGAUGGUUACUACAUACGAUUUCCUUACAAGGACGACUAUCUUAAACUUCCCUCCAACAAAGCAAUUGCAUUCAAACGCUUGCAAUCAGUAUUACUGAUGCUAAGAAAAAAUCCAAAAUUACUUCAGGAAUAUGAUGCCACCUUUCGUUCACAACAAGAAAAAGGCAUUAUAGAAGAAGUUGAAGAAGAAUCAAAUGACGGAAGACUUGUACACUAUAUACCUCACCAACCCGUAUUCACACCACAAAAAGAAACAACUAAGCUUCGAAUAGUAUUUGAUGCAUCGGCACAUUUCAAAGAUAGUCCAUCACUCAACGACGUACUUCAUCAAGGACCAAUUGUGGUGCCAGAAGUAUACGCACUUCUUCUACGUUUCCGCGUACCACCGUUCGCUCUAAUUUCUGACGUUGAAAAGGCGUUUCUUCAAGUCCGUGUACAUGAAUUGGAUAGAGACGUGACUAGAUUUUUUUGGGUAAAAGACAUCAAUGCACCACCGGAUAACGGUAACAUACAGAUAUUCAGAUUCACUCGUGUGACGUUUGGACUGAAUGUUUCUCCCUUCCUUUUAUACGGGACAAUUCGUUAUCAUUUAGAAACGGUCCAAAAUCGAACAUUAGCUAACGAGAUAAAAGACAACAUUUACGUUGACAAUCUCAUACUUGCAGCUGAUUCAGCUGAAGAAAGUGUCAACAAAGCACAAGAUUCAAGAGAAAUCUUCAAUGAAAUGGGCAUGAACUUACGACAAUUUCUUUCCAAUAAUGCAACAUUACACCAAAAUUUACCCCAAAACGCUCGUGCUACCUCAAAAAUCCAGAAAGUGUUAGGUAUUGAAUGGAAUGCAGAGAUAGAUCGCAUCAGUAUGCGCUGUAACCUCCAUAAGCUGGAAAAUGCAACGAAACGAUUAAUCGCGCGACAAAUAGCAUCAGUAUAUGACCCAUUAGGUUGGAUGGUGCCACUCAUGAUUCUACCAAAAAUAUUUCAGCAAGAACUUUGGAGGCAUAACUUUGCUUGGGAUUCAGCAUUACCUUCAGACUACAGAGAAACAUGGAACAGAAUGGUCGAAAAUAUAGACGGCUUCGAAAAAAUUGCUCCGAGACGCCUUUUUGAUGACGGCAAAACAAUGGACUUAGCAGUUUUUGCAGAUGCAAGUACGAAUGCAAUCGCAACAUGCGCUUAUGUUUUCAAAGAAAAAUCAUCAACUCUAGCAAUGGCAAAAAGUAAACUUCCAUCAAUCAAAUCCAAAACAACUAUGCCUAAACUAGAAAUGAACGCACUCACGCUAGCAAUGCGCCUUGCUAAAUCCAUCACAAAUGCUUUGAAAUCAAAAAUUUCCAAUUAUCCAUGGAAUAUUUACAUCUUUUGUGACUCUCAAAUUGCACUCAGUUGGCUCUCAUGCCAUCCAAGAAGCACUAACGCCGGCAUAUUAGUAAAAAAUAGAUUGCAAGAAAUACGUGAUAUAGUCGAAAGCCUAAAAGAAGAA